UUCGUUUGUUUUGCUUUUUUGCAAAAAGAUGAAUCAGAGUGAUCAUGAUUUCGAUAAAACUACAAUAAGAGUAGAGUUAUCGGAUGCUCACCAUGAUAUUAUUAUUGAUUGGUCAAAGGAAUUUGAUGAUGUAGUGAAAGAAAUGUUCAGACAGCUGGCAGAAUUCACUGGAAUGCCAAUAGAAAAGACUUGGGCUGUUAGAUUCAUGAAGCCACCUGGAAACGAUGUUCACCCAGAAAACCCUUUUGUUCAUUUUGCUGGAAGCAACUCAUGUUUGGUUAUUGGCAACUCACCUGAAUUUAACAUUCAGUAUACAAAGGAAGAUAUAAGAUAUAAAUUCUUUGGAGAUGACAAUUGUUUUGCUCUCAAUACAAUGCUGGAUACCACAUUUUUUGAGAAUGAUCUUACCGCGGAAUAUUUAUUAUUUCAUCGCGAUUUGAUUGAUGAAACUGAAUGCAACACGAUGUUUUGUCACCAUUCAAGUAACAGAGCUUUUUUGGAUAAACAAGCUAAAAUAAUGAAUUUUAAUUUUGAAUCAUAUCUAAGAGAUCGGCCUCUUCCAAAUCUCUCCAUUGAUAAUUUUGAUGUUAUCUUAGCUAGAAAAUGGAAGAUUCUUGUGGAUUUGAAUAUUGGACAAUAUUUUGAUUCAUAUUGCAAGGUGUACGUAUCCAAUGAAACGUUUGAUAGACGUCGACUUCGUACUUACUGGCCAAAUCGUGGUUGAAUAAAUGUUAAAAUUUGAAAAAAAUUAGCAAUAAAAUCAUUUACAUUGAUGUAAAGUUUUGCCUAGAAUGAUCGUUGCAGAUGAAACUGUUGCUGAAAUAUUGAAACUCGAAAUUUUAAGGCUAAUGGCCAAAAUCAAGAGAACUGUUGAUAAAUGGUUGAAAGUA